AUGCCUACCUUCGCUAUUCUCGGCGCAACCGGCAACACGGGUCAAGCCAUUCUCACUCUUUUGCUGAAAGACUCCUCUGUGAAAGUUCGCUGCUUCGUACGCUCCGCGAAGAAGCUGCACGGGCAGUCGUCGGAGCUUCGAGACAACAAGCGCGUUAGAAUCUUCGAAUCGUCACUCAACGACAUUCCCGUCCUCGCUGAAUGUAUCGCUCCCUGCGAUGCAGUCUUCUCGUGCAUCGCGACGGAAGAGAACACGCCGGGAUGUUCCAUUGCGCUGGAAACAGGGCAUGCGGUCGUGGCGGCACUGAGUCACAUCCGAUGUGUGCAGAAGAGCUCGGCGGCGCUGCCGCGGAUCAUUGUGCUCAGCAGCGGAACCAUCAAUGACCGUCUCUGCCGCGAAACCCCGACCUGGGCGCGGUACUUGGUCUGGACUGGUUUCAGUCACAUCUACGCCGACCUUCAACGCGCACAAGCUUACUACGCGCUGCACCGCUCGUGGAUGACCGCUAUUUUUGUACAGCCGGGAGGGCUCGUACACGACAAGCAGUCGGGUCACGCAGUGACUACGGAGAGGGACGAAACAUUUUUGAGCUACUUGGACUUGGCCGCGGGUAUGAUCGAAUGCGGGUCGAAAGAUAGAGCCGAUACGGAAUGGGACUGGGUGGGCGUGAGCGUGGUCCCGACCGGAAAGACAAGAAUCAAUUUCAAGGCGCCGUUAGCGAUACUGAGGGGUUGUGUAUGGACCAUACUACCACCGCUGUACUGGGUCUUUCAUUCGGCGGGACUGGUCUGA